CUGUGGCUUGCAAGCUGUCGAGUGUAGCAUUGCUUGUCCAAAGUAAUUGAUAUCCAACAAUAUCGAUUGGCGCAAAGGCUUAUUAUUCAACUCGGCCACCUGAUUGAGCAUGAUUUGUAUGACUACAAGUCAUUCUUCUGGGGAUGAGAUGCCUUUUGCAACCAUACCGAAUUUCCACCUUAUUGCAUCUUGUAUGCCUGAAUUCAGCGCGAGUCGUGGGAACUCGGUGUGCGGAAUCUGGCAUCGUGUAUAAAAUAACACUGGGGAAGAAGACGAUAGCAGAACUAAAAUCCUGCAAGAAAGGCAACCACCACGACCAAGUGUCCCCACCCUAUUGUAGGCUCGAAGAUCCAGACAUGUGGGAAAUUGAGGAGUGUUCUGACGGCGGCUAGAGUGGAUCUACAUGGACUUUCUUGACUUUGUGUUUCCUACAACUCGGAAAGUGUUGAAAUCAAAUAUACUUCACGUUACGGGGAUCAGUCACUUAUCUUCGAUGGACUGUGCGUAUAAAAUGGCUGGCGAGAGCGGCGGGCCAGCGGGAGAUACCCUAACACCAGGGAAUGCGCGAGUCCAGAGGUAUAGCAGGACCAUGCAGCCCUCAACUGGUUAGUACUGUCCAACCUAGGGUACACUUUGCCCCAAUGAGC